AUGUUGUUUGUUUUACUUUUGCUUCUUUUUCAAUCUUGUUAUUCAUUGAUUGAUAAAAAUAAUGAACAGUGUACGAAAGAUUCUUGUUCAUCGUUAAUAUCUUCGACAUAUUAUCUUUUGUAUGAUGUCAAUCAUGGAGAAGGUUUUAAUUUACGUCGAGAUGUUUAUAUAAGAAUGGCUAAUCUUAUACAUACACUUCGUGAACGUACAUUAUCAGAAUCAAAUUGGAUUCUUGUUCUUCCACCGUGGGGUCCUCUUUAUCAUUGGUUUUCUCACAAUCUUCAACGAACUCAAUUAAAAUGGUCAAAUUUUUUUGAUAUAACAAGUCUUUCACGUUUUAUACCUGUUAUUGAAUUUGAAGAUUUUCUUCACUUAUCAUCGUCAGCUUCCAUGAUAACUAUUCCAUAUGUUUAUAAGUUACAGCAUUUUAGCGAAGGAUGGGGAGAACAUUUCGAAGAAAAAUUAGAAAUACGUAAAUGUAAUGAAGAAGCUAUGUAUGAAAAAAGAAAUGAUAAUUAUUAUUAUGGAUGGUUUUUUGGUUAUCAAGAUCGUAUACGUGCUAAACAAUUUGAAUGUCUAUCGGCUCAAGGUUUUGUUACUGUACUUGUAGAUUAUUUACUGAAAAAUAUAACAUGGUCACAAGAUACACAUGAUAAAAAUUUAAUAAAAAGUAUUAUGUUUGAUCGAGCUGAAACACUAUUACAUGUGGAUUAUGGUGGUUAUAAUUAUUGGCGAGCACGACGUAGUAAUCGUUUUCGUGCUGAUUAUUUAAAUUCGACGGAUGUAUAUGAUCGAACUGUACUUGUUGAUGAUUGGACUAAAAUGAAACGUCAUCAUGGACAAGCAAUAGGUGGUCCUUAUCUUGGUAUUCAUCUUCGUCGUCUUGAUUAUGUUAAAGCACGACCGGGACAUGUUCCAUCUCUUGAACAUGCUGCUCGACAAGUGUGUUAUCAGCUAAAUCGUUUAAAUUUGUCACUUGUUUUUAUUGCAACAGAUACCGAUGAAAAUGAAAUUAAUAUACUUCGUCAACAUGCUUAUCGAAUAUGUAAUAUAUCCAUCAAUCAGAUAUAUACUUAUAGACCAAAUGAAGCAAUUUUAGAGAAAAUAUUAGAUGGUGGUAAAGCCAUUGUUGAUCAAUGGAUAUGUGCACAUGCACGUUAUUUUAUUGGUAGUUAUGAAUCAACAUUUAGUUUUCGAAUACAAGAAGAUAGAGAAAUAUUUGGUUUUGAAAAAGAUUCAACUUUUAAUCAAUUAUGUGGUGAUCAUGAAGGUAUUUCAUGUGAAAAAUCAACUAUAUGGUCAAUAGUUUAUUAA